CGACGCCGCGGGAGCGCGCGGGGCCGCUCGCUGAGCCCCAGAAUGCACUGCGGGCACGUGACCGCGCGCGCGCGCGCCGCACCACUGCCCAGCGACCGCGGGAAAAUUCCAAAAAACUCCAAACAAAAAGCCAAUACGAGGCAAAGCCAAAUUUUCAAGCCACAGAUCCCGGGCGGUGGCUUCCUCUCCGCCACUGCCCAAACUGCUGAAGCAGCUCCGGCGAGGGCCACCCGGUAGCAAUAAGUUACCUGUGGAACCAAGAGGAGAAAGAGGCAGAAAUAACUUGGAGCCAAGUCACCAGUCACAAAGGCAAGAAGAAGCUUCCUAAUAUUUUGACAACUAAUGUGCUCUUCAGCUCACUUUCUAACUGGUCUAACCAAAACCCAACAGUCUUACUGUCAGACACUGCUCAAGUGUUUUGAUGCUUUUACUUCCUUUUUCUACUGUCAUGAAUUGUGCUUGAUGAGCUCCAUAUUCUUGUGAGAUUUAAUGUAUGCCCACUAUUUCCUUCAGUGCUGGACAGGCUUCUGUGAAGGGGACGUCACCUUUUCCCUUUUUCCAAGAUGGCUCAAGAUUCAGUAGAUCUUUCUUGUGAUUAUCAGUUCUGGUUGCAGAAGCUUUCUGUAUGGGAUCAGGCUUCCACUUUGGAAACUCAGCAAGACACCUGUCUUCACCUGGCUCAGUUCCAGGAAUUCCUGAGGAAGAUGUAUGAAGCCUUGAAAGAGAUGGAUUCUAAUACAGUUAUUGAAAGAUUCCCCACAAUUGGUCAACUGUUGGCAAAAGCUUGUUGGAAUCCUUUUAUUUUAGCCUAUGAUGAAAGCCAAAAAAUUCUAAUAUGGUGCUUAUGUUGUCUGAUUAACAAAGAGCCACAGAAUUCUGGACAAUCAAAACUUAACUAUUGGAUACAGGGUUUAUUAUCUCAUAUACUUUCAGCACUCAGAUUUGAUAAAGAAGUUGCUCUUUUCACUCAAGGUCUUGGAUAUGCACCUAUAGAUUACUAUGCUGGUUUGCUUAAAAAUAUGGUUUUAUCAUUAGCAUCUGAACUCAGAGAGAAUCAUCUUAAUGGAUUUAACACUCAAAGGCGAAUGGCUCCCGAACGAGUGGCAUCCCUGUCACGAGUUUGUGUCCCACUUAUUACCCUGCCAGAUGUCGACCCCCUGGUGGAGGCUUUGCUCGUCUGUCACGGACAUGAACCUCAGGAAAUCCUCCAGCAAGAGUUCUUUGAGGCUGUAAACGAGGCCGUUUUGCUGAAGAAGAUUUCUCUCCCUGUGUCGGCUGUAGUCUGCCUCUGGCUUCGGCACCUUCCCAGCCUUGAAAAAACAAUGCUGCAUCUUUUUGAAAAGCUAAUCUCCAGUGAGAGAAAUUGUCUGAGAAGGAUCGAAUGCUUUAUAAAAGAUUCAUUGCUGCCUCAAGCAGCCUGCCACCCUGCCAUAUUCCGGGUUGUUGAUGAGAUGUUCAGGUGUGCACUCCUGGAAACUGAUGGGGCCCCAGAAGUCAUAGCCACUAUUCAAGUGUUUACACAGUGCUUUGUAGAAGCUCUGGAGAAAGAAAACAAGCAGCUGCGGUUUGCACUCAAGACCUACUUUCCGUACACUUCUCCAUCUCUUGCCACGGUGCUGCUACAAGACCCUCAAGAUAUCCCUCAGGGACAGUGGCUCCAGACAUUGAAGCACAUUUCUGAACUGCUCAGAAAAGCAGUUGAAGACCAGACUCAUGGGUCCUGCAGAGGUCCCUUCGAGAGCUGGUUCCUGUUCAUUCACUUUGGAGGAUGGGCUGAGAUGGCAGCCGAGCAGUUACUGAUGUCGGCAGCUGAACCCCCCACGGCCCUGCUGUGGCUCUUGGCCUUCUACUAUGGACCUUGUGAUGGGAGGCAGCAGAGAACACAGACCAUGGUCCAGGUAAAGGCUGUGCUGGGCCACCUCCUGGCAAUGUCCAGAAGCACCACCCUCUCUGCCCAGGACCUCCAGACGGCAGCGAGACAGGGCACAGACACAGACCCCAGAGCUCCUGCACAACAGCUGAUCAGGCACCUUCUCCUCAACUUCCUGCUCUGGGCUCCCGGAGGCCACAUGAUUGCCCGGGAUGCCAUAACCCUGCCAACAGAAAUUAACAACAGAUCAUACAAGGAAGAGCAGCCCUACACACCUCCCCAACAGAGAGAACAAGUGACCAGCUCAAAGACGCCCGCUCACCAUCACGUGCCAGGGGAAGCCGCUAGAAGAAACUGUGCACCCAGCUGUGGGGAACACAAACUACCCCUUGGAUGCAUCCAUCCCUCAUCUCUCUUCCAACUCACAGCCACCCAAAUGUGCCAUUGACCAGGUCCACACACCAGCAGAGGUGUCUUCUGCUGUGAGCUUUGUGAAGAUGGGCGCCAGCUUCCUGAGGCAGAAAGGCCGGGCAAGCUGGUGUGGCCUGGCUGGCUGGCCCACAUAUGGAUGGGAGGGACAGCUGGGGAUGGGGACCUGCUGCUCUGCCACUGCUCUGGGACUUAGGCAAAGAGCCUCACUUUCUUAACUGCACAAGAGAGACCUUACUUGUACCAGUUUGUAGGGGGUCCUGUAGUGAGAUGUGUCUGCUUCUGUGUCCUUUAAGUGUUCUAUCAACCAGUGCUUCUCUAAUCUCACCACACCACACUUUUGGCAAUGACUACUGUCAUUCUAAAAACUUGGAGGACAUUAUAUAAUUUAGAUUUGAGAAUGGAGGGUUUUGCCUUUCCUCUUCUGCCUGUGCUUUCCUUCAUCUUAUUUACACACACAGAAACACAAAGCAUAAACUGGGGUUUAUUUCCCAGUAGAACAAGGCCCUCAGCGGGGCAGGAGGCAGUAGCAGCCCAUAGCCAGUGCAGGUCCAGGAGAUGGCGGGUGAAAGAGGCUCUUUCACUGCAAAUCUGAAGUCAGUAUUUCCACUUCUCUUACGGUUAGAAAUAGUUUAUUGUCAAGAUUAGUAAGAGACCCAGGCUUCUGACCCCUGGCUAACAUGGCAUCCAGGAAGGACAAACCAAGCCUAAUCUCCCACCCCCACUCCCUUUCCCACCCUACGAAGAGAAGAUAAAAACAAGUCUUUUCAUUAUAAAGAGCUAAGUGUAUGUCAAUAUUUCGGCGACAGGAUGCUGAGAAGACAUCACAGAAAUGCUGCGGGAGGCCGGGCAGGCCGGAUAGUUCCUGCGUGCCGCAGUCUUCGCUGUCUUCUUUCCUUUGAGAAACAAAGAAAAUCCUUAUUUUUAUCCCCCAAACUCUCAAGGACCCACAACUCACACAGCAUUCAUCACCACAGGAGUGGGGAUGGCUUCAGUCUCACUGAAACCCAGCAGCAUUUCUGAGGGACCCCUGACAGAAUAUCCGUCUCCAGACCACCGAGGGGCUUCAUGGUCGUUAAAGAUGCUCUGCCGUCCUCCAUCAACUUCCUCUGCAGCUGAUAAGGCACGAAAACCCUAUAGGCCAGGGAGCUGGGGCCACGGAGAGAGAGAGUUCCACAGCACGUCCCGUCUAGAGGUCUGCUCUUAUUUCUUCAUUAACGAGAGUGGUCGACGUGUCUCUUUUAACUUAGAAUAAAAUUAAACAACAGGGACACCACAUGUUCCAGGACAGUGCCUGGCACCAGCAGGCACUCCUCACAUCUCUUCUGGUCCCCAGCCUCCCCACAGCACCUGGUGGGGAGACCAGCCUCCCUGUGGACCCGGGCAGUUGUCCUCUCUGCCCAGUUAGGUAGGAGUUUGCUUUUCAGAGGUGAAAGCCACAAUCCCUGGCUGCCUCUAUGUUGCUGCCCUGCUUGGGAGCCAGGGGAGUGCUAGAGGCUGGCCCAGGCUCCCCCACAGCCACCGCCCUGUGCUGUCCCGCACCUAGGAAAGCAGAUGUGGUCUCCAGAGCCACAGCCCUGUGCUGUCCUGCGCCUAGGAAAGCCGAGGUCGUCCCCAGAGCCACAGCCCUGUGCUGUCCCGCGCCUAGGAAAGCCGAGGUCGUCUCCAGAGCCACCGCCCUGUGCUGUC